AUGAGCGGGACGCCGCUGCGGCCGGGGCUGUGUGUGCCGGUAGUGCCGGUAGUGCUGCUCGUGCUGCUGCCGUGUGCGGUCGCGGCUGAGCUCCCCGCCGGGACUCCCCGCGACGAGGCGGUUCCCCGCGACGAGGCGGUUCCCCGCGACGAGGCGGUUCCCCGCGACGAGGCGGUUCCCCGCGACGAGGCGGCUCCGCACGACGAGGCGGCUCCGCACGACGAGGCGGCGUUUCCGCGCCCAGCCCCCCUCCCCGCCGACAAUGUGUCCGCCCGUGUCCGCCCGCCCGGCGCCUGCGCCCCGUGUGUGCCCGGAGCCGGCAGCUCGGGCUGCAUCGCCGCGUGCAGGUCUGUGAAUCAAGUGUGUGUGCAAAAAUCACUGAUAUUCAGAGCGAACGUUCCUUAUCGUACUGCUACCAUCGCUGUCUCGGAUGGGCCUGAUGUGUUCUGUGUUCAGCUGGACAACCGGAAGCUGACCUAUUUCCAGCAGCCGAAGCGCCUCCGUGGCUCUGACAUUCAGAAGCUGUUGCAGAAGUUUGGCAGACGAUCCUUCUCCUUCUCAGCGCAGCCACACAGCCGGCCGGCGUCCUCUGCCUUUUACCGGGCUGGUGAUCCAAUCCUGACCUACAUUGAUUCCUUGUCUGUGCUGAGUGUGCUCAAACAGCCAGUGCAAUUGGGAGUCAGUGGACUUUGUGUAGAUGGAAACCCAGCUGGCUUUCUGGAAAGUAAAAGCACAAGCUGUGCUCGCGUUUUGACGGACGUGAUCAGGAGCUGCACUACCGACCCUGCCCUGAAUGCUGCCUCCUACUACCAGGACCUCGCUGUGCUCAAGGUUCCGGUUAAUGACAGCGCCGCUGCAGAGUCCAUCAAGGUAAGGAUCAGCCCAAUUGAACUACCUGGAACUCCCUAUGUGACAGACAACAUGUGUAACAAUGCUGUUUCUGAGGUGAUGUACGAGAUAGAAUUUAAUGGCACCCACGGGAUCCAGAGUGUGUCUGUGCGCUUCAAAGUGACGAGCAUUGCUGGGAGCUCUGUGCUCUCCCUGCAGCAGCGCUUCACCGUGCGCUUCUGGACCAGGAUGCUUCCUCAUAUGCUGCCUAGAAGUGGAAACCCUGGUUAUAUCGCUGGCGCACCACUGCUGAUUGCAAACAGUAGUGCCGUGCAGCAUAUGAGCGUUCUGCGCAGCGAGGCUGAUGGGAGUUGCUCUCAGUCUCUGAGACAUACAGUACGAUUUGGAAGUCACAUGAGGACCGGCUGCAAACUCAGGCUGACUCAAAUGGAAGCAAGUAAUUGCAGUUACAUCCAGCUGAAGCUGUACGAGGCUUUCCAGGGGAUGGACCCAGCAGAGCACCUCGCUAGGAUUCGUAGUGCUCGUUCCACCCAGGAAGAAGAGUGGGUGACCAUUCUGAUCCAGAACUGCAGUGUGCAGGCCAAGAAUUUCAGUUGUCUGAUUCCCGUAACCCUGGAUAUCCAGAUUCUGUGGAGUAAGAUGGGUUUCCUGUCCAACCCUCAGGCUCAGAUAUUGGGUGUGCGGUACUUCUAUCGCUGUCAGCCCCUAAAGUCCCUCAGCACGAGCUCGGUGCCUUUGACGACUGUUGUGACCUUCACGGAGCUGACGGAAUGGCCAGAGCCUCCCCGUGGGCUGCCCAAAGUACACAGCAAACUCCCCACUGACUUGUUUUUCCCAUUCAAGAUGGCACUGAAUAUUGAAAGGAGCUACAGGGAUUAUUUGACUGCCUCCUUGGUUGUGAUUCUGAUCCUGUCAACUAUUCUCUGCUUUUGAAGAGAGUGGAAUAGAUUGGAACUGCUCUUAAAGUUGGGUAAGUGAGUUUAUAUGUUGAUGGUCUGAUCCAGAUGAUAAAGUUUUUUCCUGAUUCUUA